UUCAGUCGGCUCUCAAGGACAUCAAUGUCUAGAUGACGGGUUUCCUGGUGUCAACACGCAAUGGCAGAGAGAUGCACCUAUAAAAUGUUUGUGAGCUGGUCAAUUUACCCAAGGAUUCUAUGUAGAUCUACUUGUAAGGGAAGUUUGACUUCCUGGUACCCUGUAUUCGGUGCUUUAAUAUUGUUGCUGUUAUUGGUGUUACAGCUGUCGAUGUCGGUUUUGCUUAAGACGGAUGAUCGUCCUACUGAUAAUUACGUACAACAUGUUGUUAGGAAAUUAACGGAAUUGGAGUAUGCUAACCUUGAAGCCAAGUCAGUAUCUUCCAACAGAGCAGGAAGUAACAUCAUAGACCUGUGUGAUGCUUUUCCACAUGGUUUAGAGGGGAAGAUAGAACCUUUGUCACUUUUAAAAACAUUCCCUGAAGUACGACCCGGAGGAUUUUGGAGACCCACUGAUUGUGAGCCACGACACACGGUGGCCAUUGUUGUGCCAUACAGAGACCGAUUGGAGCAUCUGGAAAUAUUUCUAAAAUAUAUCCACACAAUACUGUUCAGACAGAAACUAGAGUAUAGGAUUUUUAUAGUAGAACAGGCUACAGGUUGUACAUUCAAUCGAGGUAUGCUGAUGAACAUCGGGUUUCUAGAAGCGAUGAAACACGGGAAUUUUUCCUGCAUUGUAUUUCACGACGUGGACCUUCUUCCCGAGAUGGAUGAUAAUCUGUAUAGCUGCUCCGUCACACCCAAACACAUGUCCGUGAAUAUAGAUAAAUUUGACUACAGAAUACCGUACGACAGCCUGUUUGGAGGUGUUGUGGCAUUUAGCAAGGAUCACUUCAAAUUCAUAAACGGUUUUGCAAACAGGUAUUUUGGUUGGGGCGGAGAAGAUGAUGAUAUCAAACGACGGGUGGACAACCGUGGCUUAACAGUAAUCCGGCCACCCGACAGUGUAGCACGGUACUCCAUGCUGAAACACGGUGCAGAAGCCGGCAACAAAGCGAACCCAAUAAGGUAUUUUGAAAUGAAACGUGCGUUGGAGGUCCAAAAUGUAGAUGGUCUCAGCUCAAUGGCAUUCAAUCCCAAUAUGUACAAAGUACUGGAUACAAAACUCAUGGAUCUAUACACAAAAAUAACCGUCGAGAUUCACAAAAUUGAAGUAUUAAAGGUACUUCCAACUUUGUUCCCGAUUAGACCACGUCACCCUUGGAUUUCUUCAAAAUUUAGAAAAUUUAUAGCAAAGGAGAAAACUUAGCAUUUAAUCUGACCACCUUAAAAAUCUAAAUCAAACUAAAAAGGUCACCCUUAGCAGAUCCGUAGAAAGGAAGACUUAAGAAAGCA